AUGGAGGCUCUCGCGGGCGCCGCCGCCGCAUCCUCCUCACUUGUCCCGAGCUUCCAGGCCCGCCAGCCGACCUCCCGCGUCGCGGUCCUCCGCGCACGCCCGUGCGGGCCCCUGCGCGCGGCCGCCGCGCCCGGCGGCGGCGGCGGCGGCAAGGAUAAGGAAGAGUAUGUCGCCACCCCGAACGGCACUCCCGUCAUAAAGUUGAAGAGUGAUCCAAGUCAAAAUGGAGCUCUUGGACCGAUCGUGACCGACAAGUCGCGCACGACUUUAUCAGCCAAUACCACUCCUGACUCAAGCGGAUCCAGAGCUGGCCUGUUCAGAACCCCUAUAUCUGGUGGUGUGCAGAGUGCAACUUUUGCCCACGGUUUACCUCCACCGGCUUUGGCUGUUCGUAAUUUGAUGGAACAGGCACGAUUUGCUCAUCUAUGCACCGUCAUGUCUGGCAUGCAUCAUCGCCGUGCUGGAUAUCCGUUUGGUUCACUUGUUGACUUUGCUAAUGACUCGAUGGGCCACCCAAUAUUUUCGUUGUCGCCCUUAGCAAUACACACCAGAAAUUUGCUCUCUGACCCAAGAUGCACACUUGUCGUCCAGGUACCUGGAUGGAGUGGACUGUCUAAUGCUCGUGUCACGAUAUUUGGUGAUGUCUACCCUUUGCCAGCUGAACACCAGGAAUGGGCUCAUAAGCAGUAUGUCGCAAAACAUCAACAAUGGGCAUCUCAACAGUGGGGGAAUUUUUACUACUACAGGAUGCAGAACAUAAGCGACAUAUACUUCAUUGGAGGCUUUGGGACUGUUGCAUGGGUGGAUGUGAAAGAGUAUGAAACUAUUCAACCUGACAAGAUAGCAGUUGAUGGUGGCGAACAAAGCUUAAAGGAAUUGAACGCGAUUUUCUCUAAACCACUUAGAGAGUUCAUGUCCUCUGAAGGUGAGGUUGAUGAUGCCGCUCUUAUAUCAGUAGACAGCAAAGGGAUAGACAUACGGGUUCGCCAGGGUGCACAGUUCAACAUUCAGAGGCUUGCAUUUGAUGUACCAUACAAGGUGGAGACUCUAGAGGAGGCCAAGAGAGCGCUACAUAAGAUAAUCAAGACGAGCAGCAAAUAA